AUGUCCUCCUCCAUCCCUGAGAAGCGCUCGAAAGAUGCAAAAGAGUUCGAGGAACGGGUGAAAACCUUGGUCGUUCGGUUCGACAGGAUGGUCGCGUCCUCGAUUACUGGGGCAGCCAAAAGCAAAUCGGCACGAGAUGUGGACACUGCGAAAUCACUGGAUGAUUGUCUCCUCAAGCUGAAGAUCUGGCUGGAAAACUUUAACACGAUGAUUCCAGAUGCGUAUAUUUCAGAAACCUUGAGGAUACUGAGUAUCUUAUUCCCGUCGACAAUUUCCGGUUUCGGGAAAAUCCUUCUCGACAUCGAAAAGGGACUCGACCGGCAGUCAGUAUCGCUGUCUGGUCCUUCCGGCACAAUGAGGCAUUUCGACGAUGAUGUCUCGGCCACACGUUACAUCAGAGACUCAGUCAACCAAUUGCUCAAACUUCAGCAGGAGCUGGUCAAAGAGGUCGAACGUAGUCCAGGCCGGAUUAAAAGUAUACGGGAAGAGCAAAAAGAACAUGUCAAGAGCCGUGGUACACUAGUUCUCUGUCUUGAUGGAGGCGGUGUUCGCAGCACCUCGAGUCUCCUCAUUCUACGGUCCCUCAUGGACGAGAUUGAAGCUGUCCUCCGCGAAUCAAAAGCGAGUGUCAACCUCAACACUAAAGCUCCUCACGAAGUAUUCAGAUACAUCUUUGGAUCAAGCAGUGGCGGCGUCGUUGCUAUCAUGCUAGGUCGCUUGAAAAUGACCUCGGUGCAGGCCCAAGAGACUUUCCAGAGGUUCGCAAUGGAACUGUUCCGCCAUCCCCGACGAUCUUACAAGUUACAUCGCGGACUAUAUAGCUCGACGAAAUACAGCGAAAAGUCAAUCAUCAACGCGACAGAGGAGGUUGUGGGUUCCUUCGACCCGAAUCCCGGCGGCAUGAGGUAUAAGAGAGAUCGCUUUGCCGCACCUGGUGAGCAAUGCAAAUGUGGGGUUUUCUCUAACCGUGAAAAAACUGGUGCACACCUCUUGCGCAGCUAUGAAACUCUUUCAGACGAAUCUGGCGCCAAAAUUCGGGAACCGGCUUAUUCUUAUCAAAUUUGGGAAGCCGCAAGGGCAACCACAGCUGCUCCCACAUAUUUUCCGCCUGCUGUGAUCAAUGGAGAUAAAUUUCUUGACGGCGGCAUAUCAACAAACAACCCGUCGGUACUAUCGCUGAAUGAAGUUAUCAGCAGAGAGCCGGAUGGCAACAUAUGUUUGGUGAGCAUUGGCUCGGGGCGCAGACCAUUUGAACCCAGUUACCCAACUUCUUCUUUACGGUCUUUGGUCAGACUUUUGCGAGACGUCGCUACGGACACCGAAGAAGCCCAUCGUAUUGUUUCACAUUUUGCCGCAUCCUCGAACCGUAUUUCUUAUUUCCGAUUCGAUGCUGCACAAUAUUCACGAGACAUUGCCCUCGACGACUGGACCGCGAUCGACGAGAUUAAAGCUCAUACUUACCGAUACCUCCGCGGAGCCGAGGCUCGGGAGUCACUACGACGUUGUGCUUUGGCAAUCAUUGAGUCGCACUCUCCAGCCCCUUCACAUGCCCCAAUUAAGGAAUCGAGGUCACUUAAACUUGUCAAUGCUCCAGCCCGAAACACUGGUUUUUGCGGACGAGAGCCGAUAUUGGAGCAGAUGUCGAACCAUCUGCUUCCAAAGCCACUUGGCGAAGGCAGUUCGUGUGUUCUGUAUGGACCACCAGGUAUCGGAAAGACGCAAAUUGCCCUCGAGUACAUCUAUAGGCAGUCAAAUAUGUACUCGUCCAUAUUCUGGAUAAAUGCAGAGUCCAGAAUCCGACUUUCAGAGGGGCUCUAUUCCAUGGCUCGUGCCAUAGGGAUUAGAACAGGAGACGAUGCCAUGGUUGAACGAGUACGAGAAUGGCUCUCAAGCACAGACACAACUUGGCUUCUAGUCUUUGACGAAGUUGGUUCCGCGGAUGCUGUGAUGUCAUUGAUACCCGAAAACACACAUGGUGCUAUAAUCAUCACAUCUCGAAACCGUCAAGUCAAGAUACCUAGGUCUUUAAUGAUACCAGUGGAACCACUGAAGCCCUUGGAAGGAGCUCGGCUCUUGAAAACUCUCUGCGAAGACAACGAUUCCAUGGACGCGGCCAUCAAGAUGUCUGAAAUGCUGACGGGCCACCCGGUUGAUAUAGCCCAAGCAGCAAGCUAUAUCAAGAGCUCAGGCAUCUCAAUAGGCGACUAUAUGCGGCUUGCCAAACAAAGUUUGGCCAUGUAA